UCCAAUGAGUCCAAAGUAGGAGAAACGAGGAAAAUUGUUGCCAUUCUGCGUGCAGUGUUUUGGAUUGCGAAAUAUUUUUCACACAAAAAUGCACUCAAUAAAAGUAUAUUUGCUGCAGCUGUGAACCUAGUUGUAAGGUGAAAGUGUACAUCUGUGGAAUUGUGAUAGAGAAUAUGGAGUCGACUGAUGGGAAAUAUCAGAAAUUGGCUACGGAAUAUGCAAAGAUAAGAGCCCAAGCCAAUGUUCUGAAACGUGCUGUGCUGGAGGAGCAGAACAAAAAUGGGGCAUUGCGAGAGAGUUUUCGACUGAAGGAGGCGAAUCUGAGGCGUGCAGAACAGGAAGUGGACAGUCUGACUUUUCGCAAUAAGCAGCUGGAACACCGUGUGGCAUCGCUCCAGGAUGACCUUGAUCGAGAGCUCAAGAGGAGCAAGGGUAGCAGCAGACAGCCACGUAACACUGAGAUUCACACCAUGACAAAGGAUGCCGUUAUUGCGGAGGAACUGCAGAAGAAAAUCAUUGAGAAUGCUCAAUUAAAUUCCCUGAUAUCUGAUAAGUCUGCCGAAUUGGAUCUUGUCAUGGAGAGAAUCAAGACACUGGAACUUCAAGCCACAGAACAUUCAGAUACUGAGAAGGCUCUGAGGCGUGAAAUUGAUGCCCUUAGCAUAAAGAAUGCUGAAUUGGAGAGCAAGAUUGUAGAUGUGUCCAGCACAAUAGGAAGCGAAGAUGGACUGAGUGUGACGGGAAGUGAUCAUACAACACCCCUCCAUACAAAUUCAUCCUCCAGCGAGGAGAGAAUAGCAUUCCUGGAGAAGGAACUCAAUCACUGGCGAACUCAGUAUGAGAUUCUAAAGAUAGGGGAUGGUCUAAUUGGCGCCAAAUUGCUCGAUAUGGCCAGUAAACCAACUGAUAUGCUAUCCAAAGGCCCGUCCAAUGGAGAAUCUGAUGCCACUACGAAGGAGCAACUGGUCUAUGGGCACCUCAGCAAGAAGAUUGAGGAACUCUUUAUGGCCAAGUGUCGAGCAGAAUCGAAAUUAGCUUCCUAUAUGGCUGAAUGUGAGGGUCUGCAGAAUGCCCUUGAGAUUCUCAAUGCCGAAAUGCAAGAUAAAACACUGAAGCAAGAGGAGUCUCAGAGGAAACUGCAGAUCUUGGAGGAUGACUUAGUGACGACAAGAUGCAAUUAUGAGGAGCAAAUCACAGUUUUGACGGAGCAAAUCAUCAAUUUGAGCGAUCAUUUGGCGGCCAGGCGUUAAUUUGUACAUCCUACAUAUACAUGCUAUAUCCCAGAUACUUUAUAUGUGAAUGUAUUUAUUAUAAAAAAUAUAUAUGUAAUGUUAAAAGGUA